GCAGCCAGGGCACUGCUCACAAAGAAGGAAACCCUGGGAGGGAAGAACUUGGGAAACGAGAGGACACAAGAAUCUUUGAAGCUGCUUAGGCAAAAUGAAGUUGAAUCUGGUGCAGAUCUUUUUCAUGUUGCUGCUGCUGCUGCUGGGCCUGGGGUUGGGCCUGGGGCUGGGGCUUCAUAUGGCUGCAGCAGUCUUGGAGGAGAGCGAUCAGCCGCUCAAUGAAUUUUGGUCCAGUGACUCACAGGACAAAGCUGAGGCCACUGAGGCAGGAGAGGGCACCCAAACCACAGAAACCCUGGUGCUUAGCAACAAAGAAGUGGUGCAACCUGGCUGGCCAGAAGACCCCAUCCUCAAUGAAGACGAGGUUGGUGAAAAAGAGUUGCUCAGAGCUGAGUCUCUCUUUCAGAACAACAAAGACUAUCUUAGGGUUGACCAGACAGAUAGAGAAUGCAAUGACAUGAUGGCACACAAGAUAAAGAAGCACAAUCAGAGUUGCAUAACCCAGCAUGCAUUCAUCCAUGAGGAUCCAGACACGGUCAAAGCUGUCUGUAACAGUCCUGUCAUUGCCUGUGGGCUCAAGGGGGGAAAAUGUCACAAAAGCUCCCGACCUUUUGAUUUGACAUUCUGCGAGUUGUCCAAACCAGAUCAGGUCACUCCUAACUGCAACUACCUAACUUCUGUUAUUAAAAAGCACAUUAUUAUAACCUGUAAUGACAAGAAGCUCCAGUCACCAGUUGGACAAUGAAGCAACUCAUCAUCAUUUUUCUCUUCCCCUUCUCUUCCUCUUCCUUUUUUACUUUCUCUUUCUCAUGUUGUUCUCCGAUCUUAGGUAUUAUGCAGAUUAAUUCUUCUUUGCCCUGUGGGUCACCCAACUUGCAUUUUGUUCCUAGGAUUAGAUACGGCAGAAUAGAGUGAUGAUGCCUAGUUUCUCUAAGCUCUCCAGCUCUCCUUUCCUAUCCCUUACCCUGGGGAAAAAAAAAAAAAAAGUGAAGAGCUGCUGUAGUCCUGGCCAUCAAUUUGUUCCCUGUUCUGCGAUUGUCUUUGGAUGUGGACUGGAAGUGUUUAGAGCAUCCUUUACCCACGUUCUUCCCUGCUACCCACCCUGAGCCUCUAUAGUAAUCACAAGACUCUUAGGCUUUGUACAACUGCACUUCUCUAUUGUGGGUAUGGUCAAAGUGGUCACUUUUUUUUUUUUUUAAUCUGGCCCUGUAGACUAUCUCAGGAAAGCAAUUUACAAAAUACUCUACAGGCCCCUAGUGGCUUAAGCAGGAAAAUGUAGCUUCCAUGGCUGAUAACAGGGUGACAAGGCAUUGUGGGGACCUCACCUCCCAGGGACAGAAAAUUAACUCACUGCAGCUCAAAUUGUGCCUCAUUCACAAGACUUUCACCAAGUCUUCCAAUUCCAAUGUAGCUUCCUCUCUACACUUCCAGGAUCUAUGUUGAGCCCAUAUGACAGAUCCCCAGUCCUUUAUCUACAGCACCCAAAUCCCUAAAUCUUUGAAAACUGAACGUUUUUUUUUUCAAAGUGACUCCAAAACUCAUUUAGAUAUGACACCUAACCAGAAUGACAAUGUGAGGCUAUUUAUCUUCCUUAUUUAUGCUAUGUGACCAUUACAUAUUUCACUGUGGAAAUAUCACAGUGUUUAGUUAUGAGUGGACCCUUCUAGGAGUGUGUUAGUAAUAUAUGAAAUAAGCAUACACACGUUAACGUACAAUAUUGCUUUUUAAAAUCUGAAAAGUUGGCCAAAAUGCAUUGGCCCCAAAAGUUUCAAGAAAUUGUGGGAUCUAUAUAUACUACUUAAUUAGCCCUUAUUAAUUUGAAUAUACCCUAUAUGAUACUAGUUAGGUCACAAGCAUCUUUGUGGAAGGAUCUGUACUAUAAGUUUUUUUCUAUAUUCUUCAUUGACACAUUUAUUAAUCAAUGACUAUCUACUUAUUGGCCAAGGGAUGUCUCCUCUACUGUUUGCAAGACCCUCACAUGUUGUCUUCAGAACACUCUGUACAAGUUUUUGGCCAGGUGUGGUGGCUUAUGCCUGUAAUC